AUGGACAUUGAUCCGUAUGGAUCGCCAACCAGCGCUUCUUUGAGCUUCAAUCUUUGCCCACCGCCGAGGAAAAGUGAUAACAAUCGUGAUGAGCCCAUAAAAUACGAAAGUAUCAAUUCACUGAUGCCCAAGUUGGACGAUAAUUUGAUUUCUACAAGUAAGGAGACGCUGAUUUCUAAAAAGCGCUGAUCUAAAGGCCAGAAGAGUGUUUGAAAAAUAAAAAUCGCAUUUUUUCAGACCUCGACUUUUCAUUCGUACCGUCAGCGCCGAAAAAGUACUAUGAAGGCUGCAGGGAGAUCCACGAAACGGAUAUCCGAAAUUCCCUUUUGGUCGAAGCGAAACGUCGAAAAUUUUGGGGCCACAAAGCGGUGGAGAAGAUGCAAUUUGAGGAGAUCACACAUUCAUGUGUCUACCAUGUAAGUUUUAGCCUCUAAAAACUUCUCCAUUACAGCCAACAACGAAUUCGAAAAAUUCGUUGGAUCGGUUGGUUGACCUGAUCCAGCGGCAAAAAACAUCCCAUUUUGCAUCCGGGACGUAUCAAAAAUGUAGCAAAAUACCUCCCUCUCCAAGUGAAAAAACUUCAAUUUCAAGGACGCGCCCUUCAAAACGAAGUUUUUUCACUUGUAGAGGGAAGCAUUUUGCCACAUUUUUGAUGCUUCCCGGACGCAAAAUAGCACGUUUUUUGCCACUGGUUCUUUCACUGUAAUUUUACAACGUCUCAAUUUUCAGUACAUGCUCGAAAGUUUUACGGAAACUCGGAGCACUGCGGAAGCCUCCGAGCCUUACAAUGCAAACCGCUAUGCGGAACAACACGGGACUGAUUCGAUUGUCACUUCACUUAACCCAGUAUCAUCCAAUGCCAUAAAUAUGUUCGGGAAUACGUCGUACGCACUUCAGAACCCUUGGGAUUACGAGGUCUUGCCGCAGGGCGACUUUAUUGGUCAGGUAUGCAAAAUCAAAAAAAUGCGAAUUUUACGACCAUUACGUGGGAUACUGCAUAUGUGACGACUAAAUUGAGCAUAUUUCCCAACGGAAUGUAGAGAGGGGGACCUGAUCCGGUGUCAAAAAACGUACCAUUUUGCAUCCGGGAAGUAUCAAAAAUGUGGCAAAAUGCUUCCCUCUCCAAGUGAAAAAACUUCGUUUUGAUGGGCGCGCCCUUUCCUUCACAAAAAACGCGGGCGCGCUUUUGAAAUCUGAGUUUUUUUCACUUGGGGAAGGAGGUAUUUUGCCACAUUUUUUGAUGCUUCUUGGAUGCAAAACGGUAGUUUAUUGCGACUGGAUCAGGUCCCCCACUGUACAAUUUUCUGGGUGCCUAACAAUAAGACCUCUUCAUUUAUAGCAAAUCGUUAAAUAUACGUUUGACCUGUUUUUUCCAGACCAAAGUGCUUGAAUUACCCUCAACUAGCAAGCUGGUGUCUUGCCAACAUUGCAAUGCAGAAGGAGUUGCCCAUUGUUUCCAUUGCCGAGGCUUUGGAACGGACAAAUGUGGAUAUUGCCGGCAAGUCCAUCCUUGGCACUUCUCAAUUACUUUAUUCUUAUUUUAGAGGGACUGGGAUGAAAGCCGGAGUUGCUCAUCCAGCGCUAUACACACAUCCAAUGGUCGGAACGUUCCCUAAUGUAAGUUCAAUUCAAAUUGAUCCUAGCUAAACUGAAACUACAGUGGGGGACCUGGUCCAGUGGCAAAAAACGUACCAUUUUGUAUCCAGGGAGCGAAAAAUGUGGCAAAAUACCUCCCUCUCCAAGUGAAAAAACUCAGAUUUAAAAAGCGCGCCCCUCAAAACGAAGUUUUUUCACUUGGAGAGCGAAGCAUUUUGCCACAUUUUUGAUGCUUCCCGGAUGCAAAAUGGUACGUGUUUUGCCACUGGAUCAGGUUCCUCACUGUACACCAGUUGACUUCAAAUUUAUCCCAAACCAAACCUCAUGAUCUGUUUCAUGAUCCGCUUUCAGACCGACAUGAGCCGAGGUUACCCCGGAGCGGGAUCAGCGAUUGUUCGUCCACCAAAUUUCAGUGGAAACAAGCCUUACGCGGUGGGAACCCCAGUUCAUUUCAUGGCCAAAGCCGGCCUCCCACCCCCUGGAAUUGGUCAUCACGACCUUUGCCUGUUCUGCCAAGGACGGGGCAUCAAGGACUGUCAUCAUUGCAAAGGCCAAGGCAAAAAGACCUGCAGCUCCUGCGGCGGUCACGGAAGUGUCCGGCAAUAUACAAAACUGAAGGUUUUCUUGUAAGUUACCGCUUUUAAGCAAUAGAAAACUUGUCUAAGACCAAACUAGUGUAUAUAUCUUUCAUUAUCAGCCCACUUUUGUCCCCGCUAUGAUCAAAAAUUUAAACAUAACACGAUUCUUUUCAGUGCCGUUGAACGAUCUGACUAUUUCACGCACAGCGAGGUUCCAGAGAUUCUGUUAGCACAGGCCAGCGGAGAAGUCAGUCUAAUGGAAACCCAGAGCUAUGUAAGUAACCUAAUUUUUGUCAAAAUCUACAAUUUUUUCCGAUCUUCGAUAUUAUCCAUGAGCAAGAUAUUUGACUAUAAAAUUCUUUCAGCUUAUGCCGAUAAAGAAGUUCCCAGUGAACGAAAUCAACGAAGUUAGCAAGAAACUUCUUGCACAACACAUGCAAAAGUCCCUGGGGGCUUGCCGAGUGAUAAAACAACGUCAAACUGUCGAAGCAAUUCCCGUGGCCAAAGUCCACUGGAAAUUGGGCAAAAAGUCCGGAAUUUUCUAUGUGUUCGGCACGGAAAAGCUCUGCUACAUCCCCAAGAGUCCCACUAAAUGCUCUAUCAUGUAA